AGGGCAUAGAGGGAGAAUAGGAGGGGGUUAUAUCUGUAGAGCCUAUCACGAUGAUAGUGCCGUCGGCGCUGCAGGACGUGCCGGAAACGUUAACGCCUGAGAGCAGCGCCAGUUCGAGUGCUAGGGACAACGGUGGCGACCACCAUACUUCAUCGUCUAGCAGCUCGUCCUCUAAGGAGACACCGAGCUUCGAGGAAGGAACGGGGGAUGUGGUUAGCACUGUCUCAGAUCGGCCUGUGAUUGGAGAAUGGGAAGGCAAGACAAUCACGGGCAGGUUGAGCAAUCUACGAAAGGCGCCCAAGGACCUGCCCGUUGGAUUUAGAUUCAAGGCCGCGCUGCAUCACGAAGUAGCAGACAGUGCGCCCUCAAUAAGUGUGUAUAGGAAGCUGGAGGAGAUGAUGAGGGCGUACCACAUCCUCAGGAUGAUAUUGCUCCGGACUGGCGCAAAGAAUGAGAGGGCGUGCAUGGUGUCACAGACGGGCUGGAUACCAGUGUACGUGGAUCAUUUUGAGGCUGGCCUGCGAUUUCCCCUACCCGGGUUGAUAUUCGACCUACUGGCAGACUACGAGCUGGCUCUGACUGCCCAGGUCGCUGUUCCAGUGCCGGCUGUGUCCCAACUCCAGAGGUAUUACCUCUCCGGGAGAGAGAAGAGCCAGUUGUUCAAGAAUGUCAAGAACAAGGUAGCGAGGUGGAAGAGGCAAUUCAUCUUUGUUCGCGAUACGCGAACAGAGAGAAUAAGCAACGACCUCGUUGCUCGGCUAUGUGAGUGGCGUGUGCCAAAUGCACACGUCAAUUACCCUCAAUUGCUGCCACGGGACACGGAUCUCAAGAAUCAGCUGCUGGAAUAUGCGAGGAGGGAAAACUUGAUAGAUCUAGACGCCCUGGUUACCUCGAAGCAGCUCGUCGUGUUCGGGUUUGUCGACGUGGCAAACCUGUUCACAGAAGGAGAAAUAAGUAGUAUACUGGAAUGCCAGCGCCAGCGAGCCCAGGGUUCCCGAGGUUGCGCGUCGGGCAGUGUGCAACAAAGCCAGACGCGGUUUGACAAGCGGCCGCCCCCAGUGCCACAAUCACGCAGCUCGUCAUAUCGUGGAUCGAGCUUGGCGCCCAGGCCUCGCGCCGACCAGCGGGCUGAGACCGCAGCCCCUAGUGCACGCAGGCGUGCACGUGAGGAGACAGAAAGUGAAGAUGAGGUCCCCCUCAUCCGGCGGAGAACAAGUGGGGGGACUCAGCCUGCGCAGGCCGCUCAAACGGCGGCUGAGCGCUCAUCGAACGCGCCUUCUACCAUGACGCGAGCAGCAGCGGAGCCCGCCUCUGCGUCGACCUCAGUGUCGACGCCAGGAUCCUUUGUGCCUCCCACGGAUCGCCAGCGGGCAAGAGCUUUUGUGCAGCAGCAUGGCGGGCAGGUCGCCAUGGCAUUCAGCUACGCGGUGGCACUAUUUGAGAGCGAGCAAGGGGCUCGCUCUCAGAAUAACGAGCUCAGCGCCAAUUGUAAACAGUUGGCCGCAGAAAAGGCUAGCCUUGUGGAUGACGUCAAUGGUCUGCGAGGCUCAAAGAUGGCCAAUCGAGCUGCUGCAGCGGAGAGCCGAGCAUAUGAGCUCACCAACAGAAAUAACGAGUUCAAGGAGGAGCUGGAGCGAGCCCGCGCUGAAAAGGAGAGCGGGAUCCAGGCGGCGAAGGAUGAGGCCGCUCACGUUGAGGAAACGGCCAAGAAAGCUGAGGCCGAAAAGGAACGUGCUCUGAGCGAGCUGAACUCCCUUAAGCACCAGACAUCUCACGGGCGAUCUGUCAGUAUUGCCCGCGCUCAAGGUGCAGAGUGGCUGGUGGGCUCGGCUGCGUUCCAAGACGUUGUGGCGGUGGCGUCUGCUAACAUGACCACGGAGAUCUACAACGAGAUCCGUGGUAAGGUGCUGCACCAUCGCCCGGACUUCCCCAUACGCGAGCUGGCGUUCUUUGACGGGGAGGACAUUGACGAGCAGGGUAAGAGCCUUGCUCCCCUUGCUGAUACAACAGUGUGGCUGAGUUGGGACCUCAAUGAGGAGGGAGUACCUGUCUGGCCUCCCUUAGUCUUGGAAGAGGGGGAGGACCCAGUGGGGCUGCCCUCCUUCAACGGAUGGGUGGAAGGGGCUCCUGUGGCUGAGCAGGAGCCGUCGAGUACUCAUCCCAACUCUCAGCCUGUCAUGGUGCCAGCCAGGUCGCCUGUCAACGCACCAGCUCCCGAGCUCGCAGCCCGGUCUUCUCCAGCUCGCUCUCCUCCUACUGCUGCUGAUGCGUCUAUGCCUAUCGACCUGACGGAUGAUUAGAUUUAGGAUUUUUUUUUUCCUUUUGAUCUUUUGUAUUUUUUGUUUCUUUCCGUAAAGAAUUGUAUCACAAUCUCUCGUGCUAAACGUGUAAUUGUUUUUGAAAAGAAAUACAAAAUUGGAGAUUAUAUCAAAUUGUUUUUCUUUGUUGUAUUGCAUGUAUGGUUUACACUUCCAUGAACAAAUUCAUUAAUAACACAUUCAUUAACUA